AUGUCUUACAAUCACCAGCCUCAACUAUCUAUUAACUCUGUCCAAUCACUCUUGGAGCCCGUGACCCCUCCGCCUUUGGCCCAGAUGAACAACAAGAGAAACCACCAGAAGGCUCAUUCGCUUGAUCUCUCCGGUUUUAAUCAGUUCAUAUCAUCUACACAAUCUCCCUUGGCUUUGAUGAAUAGCACAUCGACUUCGAAUUCUGCUAAUGCAUUCUCCCCUAAUCCUAAUGCUGCUAGCAACUCUACUGGUCUUUCAGCCUCUAUGGCAAAUCCUCCAGCCAUUCUUCCAUUAAUCAAUGAGUUUGACCUGGACAUGGAUGAUCCUAAGAGAAAAUUAAGCAAUGAUUUCACGGUUGUUGCUCCUGCUAACUCUGGCGUCAAUACUUCCAGUUUAACUAUGGAAACACCAUCCUCUUCAGUGACUCCUGCAGCAUCUCUCAGAAAUUUCAGCAACAAUAAUAACACUGCCUCUAAAUGUGGAGUGGAUAAUUCAUCAUUUGGUUUGAGUAGCUCUACAUCUUCGUCUAUGGUCGAAAUAAAUGCCCUCCCCCUUAGAGAUUUGGAUUAUAUCAAACUUGCCACUGAUCAAUUUGGUUGCCGUUUCCUUCAAAAAAAAUUAGAAACUCCUAGCGAAUCCAAUAUGGUGAGAGACUUGAUGUAUGAACAAAUUAAGCCGUUUUUCUUGGAUCUUAUUUUGGAUCCAUUCGGUAACUAUUUGGUUCAAAAACUAUGCGAUUAUUUAACUGCUGAACAAAAGACACUAUUAAUACAAACAAUAUAUCCAAACGUUUUCCAAAUAUCUAUCAAUCAAUACGGAACUCGUUCUUUACAGAAAAUUAUAGACACCGUCGAUAACGAAGUUCAAAUCGAUCUUAUUAUCAAGGGAUUUUCUCAAGAAUUUACUUCGAUUGAACAAGUUGUUACUUUGAUAAACGAUUUAAAUGGUAACCAUGUGAUUCAAAAAUGUAUUUUCAAAUUCUCGCCAUCAAAAUUUGGCUUUAUCAUAGAUGCUAUUGUAGAACAAAAUAACAUUAUCACCAUUUCUACUCAUAAACACGGUUGUUGUGUACUACAAAAACUGCUCAGCGUUUGUACUUUACAACAAAUUUUCAAAAUUUCUGUGAAAAUUGUGCAGUUUUUACCUGGAUUAAUUAACGAUCAGUUCGGUAAUUAUAUCAUCCAAUUCUUAUUAGAUAUCAAAGAAUUGGACUUUUAUUUGUUGGCUGAGUUAUUCAAUCGUUUAUCCAAUGAAUUAUGUCAAUUAUCUUGUUUGAAAUUCUCCUCAAAUGUCGUGGAAAAAUUCAUUAAGAAAUUAUUUAGAAUCAUCACUGGAUUCAUUAUUAAUAAUAGUCGGGGGGCCUCCCAAAGGACUGCAGUCGCUUCUGAUGACGUUGUCAAUGCUUCUAUGAACAUUCUUUUGACUACUAUUGAUAUAUUUACUGUCAACUUGAAUGUUCUAAUAAGGGAUAAUUUUGGUAAUUAUGCACUACAAACGUUACUAGACGUUAAGAACUAUUCCCCUCUGCUUUCUUACAACAAAAAUGGUAAUGCAAUUGGGCAAAAUACCUCUAGUACAUUGAAUUAUGGUAACUUUUGUAAUGAUUUUUCAUUAAAAAUUGGGAACUUAAUCGUCCUUACCAAAGAAUUACUUCCAAGUAUUAAAACCACAUCUUAUGCAAAGAAAAUUAAGUUGAAAGUUAAAGCUUAUGCAGAAGCAACAGGUAUACCAUUUACUGACAUAUCUCCUCAAGCCAGUGCAGUGAGUCAUAACAAUUUCCAAACGAUUAACAAUGAAAAUAAGAACCCUAAUAACAAAAACAGUCAUAAUCAUAAUCAUAAUCAUAAUCAUAAUCAUAACCACAAUAACAAUAACAAUAAUAAUCAAAAGAGUCAUACCCGUCAUUUUUCCUUACCAGCUAAUGCUUAUCAUAGAAGAAGUAACAGCUCUGUAACCAAUAAUUUUUCAAACCAAUAUGCACAAGAUCAGAAAAUUCAUUCUCCGCAACAAAUUAUGAACUUCAACCAAAACGCAUAUCCCUCGAUGGGAGCACCUUCUUUCAAUUCUCAAACUAACCCACCAUUAGUUAGCCAUAAUUCGUUACAAAACUUCGACAAUCGCCAGUUUGUAAAUUUAAUGGCACACCCAAAUCCCACUGCACCAAUCCAUUCGUUCUCGUCAUCUAACAUUGCCAAUGUGAAUCCUUCUGUUUCGAGAGGAUUUAAGCAGCCUGGGUUUACAAUGAACGAGACUGACAAGAUCAGUGCUAAUCAUUUCUCUCCAUACUCUAGUGCAAAUAGUCAAAACUUCAACGAAUCAUUUGUGCCUCGUAUGCCAUAUCAAACGGAAGGCGCAAACUGGGAUUCAAGUUUGUCAAUGAAGUCACAGCAUAUUGGCCAAGGGCCAUAUAGUCAAGUCAAUAUGAGCCGCAACGCUAGUGUUUCCAAUAUGCCAGCCAUGAAUACUGCUAGAACAUCUGAUGAACUUCAAUUCACUUUACCAUGA